AUGCAACCGCUUUACGUCCAAACGCCAUUGGUUGAGUCCACGGUUAUCGCAAAGGCCGCUGGCAAUGACCGCGUUUAUCUCAAGUUAGAGAAUCUUCAGCCCAGUGGAUCGUUUAAAUCUCGCGGAAUCGGCAAUCUCUGCCAGAAAGCCUACGCGAAACUCCCACCAGGUUCGACCCUCCACAUCUAUAGCUCCAGCGGCGGCAACGCAGGCCUGGCCGCAGCGUCAGCCGCCAGCUCUCUCUCCUGCCCUGCAACCAUCGUCGUGCCAACAACCACCUCGGCCGUUACGAUCUCCCGUAUCCAAGACGCCGGCGCAAGCGUUGUUGUGCAUGGCUCUGUCUGGGACGAAGCUGAUCUGUUUGUGCGGGAGAUGGUGGAGAGGGAUUCGACGGGUGUUUAUUGCCCUCCGUUUGAUCACGAAGAUAUUGUCGAUGGGAAUGCUUCGAUGGUGCGCGAGUUGAAGCUACAGCUGGAUAAGAAGCCGGGUGCAAUCGUCUGCGCGGUCGGCGGAGGCGGUUUACUAGCCGGUAUUUUACAUGGGUUGCGGGAGGUGGGAUGGGAUGAUGUUCCUGUUGUGGCGGUCGAAACCGUAGGCGCCGCAUCCUUUCAUGCUUCUAUGACCGCUGGGAGUUUGACGACCAUACCCGCCAUCACCUCCAUCGCAACCUCCCUCGGCGCCAGACGCGUUUCUCAAACAUGCUUUGAUCUCGCCACCACCCACCCCGGAGCCGUACACAGCGUCACAGUCUCAGACGCAGAAGCGGUGGAUGGGUGUGUUCGAUUUGCGGACGAUCAUCGCAUUUUGGUUGAGCCAGCGUGUGGGACUGUGUUAAGUUUGGCGUAUCAUGGGAAGUUGAGGGAGGUUGUUGGCGAUGAGGGGAGUGUGGUGUUGGUUGUUUGUGGAGGGAGCAAUGUUUCGGUGGAGAUGUUGGCCAGGUAUCAGGAGCAGUUCGUUGCAGCAGCAGAGCUUAAGAACUGA